UAAACAUUUGUAGAUAUAUAUGUCAAUUAUGAUAGAUUUAGGAACUUAAGAUAAUUAGGAAUAUUAGGGUUAGAUAUUCAUAUUGUCUAUAUAUAUUGUAAUGUGACCGAAUAUGAUAGAUGGGAAAAUACAAUGGAAAAUACAGAAAACUAUUUUUCCCCAAUAUUUAACAACUUCACUUUAUUUUUGCUUAAUUGAAAUUAUUUUUAGUAAACUGAUUUUUUUUUUUUUUUAUUCUCUAUUAUAUUUUUUUCUUUAAAUUUACUGAUUUUUAAGAUGAAGAGGGCCUGUUUACAUUUACUGAACUAAUUGGAGCUGUACGAAGUGAAACUGAAGUGACAGGCCCCAAGUUAGGUUAAUAAUGUGAUAACUUUAUUAUUUUACUUUUCAUAUUAACUUUCCAAUUAUCUAGAAUUGCUAGGAAACACCCAACUUCCUACUGUCUUUUGUCAAGGGUUCAAUCACGUACUAAAUCUAAACCUCUUAUAAAAUUAAGUAGAAUAUGCCUAACACUCUUUCUUCCAUUUCGUAUAUAGCUCUUUAAUAUAAACGAGCUAAACAACAUAAUAUACACAAUCCCAAGUUCAAUUUUGAUAAAAAUGUUUCCCAACGAACCACAAAGGCUUCAUGUACUCUUCUUUCCACUAAUGGCCGCUGGCCAUAUGAUCCCAACCUUAGACAUGGCGAAAAUUUUUGCAACACAUCAUGUCAAAACUACCAUAGUCACAACACCUCUUAAUGCACCAACCUUCACUAAACCACUACGAAGUUACAAAAAUGUCGGUCCUCCAAUCGACAUUGAAAUCAUUCCGUUUUAUUCCAAGGAAGUUGGCCUUCCUGAGGGAGUCGAAAACUAUGAGCGUUGCACUUCUGAUGAAAUGACAACAAGGUUUUUGAAGGGCACCGAGAUGCUACAAGAAUCACUAGAAAAAGUCAUAGAGAAAUGCAAGCCUAAUUGCCUAGUUGCUGAUAAGCUCUUGCCUUUCGCUACUGAUGUAGCAGCCAAGUUUAAUAUACCAAGGUUAGUAUUUCAUGGCACUAGCUACAUUGCACAAUGUGUGAUGCAUGCCCUAGGUAAGUAUGAGCCUUACAAACAAGUUUCGUCCGAUGAGGAGGAAUUCGAUGUCCCUCACUUUCCUCAUGAAAUAAAACUUAAAAAAUCUCAAUUACCUACAUUUUUGAGAGGGCUUGGAGAAAAGCAUAUCAAUGAUGAAUGGAUGAAGAUAUUCGGUCGUGCUAUGGAGGCUGAGGAGAGGAGCUAUGGAAUCAUUAUGAAUAGUUUUUAUGAGCUUGAGCCUGAUUAUGCAGAUUAUUAUAGAAAGAAGAUGGGUAGGAAGGCAUGGCAUAUAGGUCCCGUAUCAUUAUGUAACCACGAAAAAGAAGCUAAGUUCCAAAGGGGGAAGGAUUCUUCUAUUGAUGAGCAUGAAUGCCUCAAAUGGCUUGAUUCAAAAAAGCCUAAGUCGGUUGUUUAUGUUAGCUUUGGUAGCUUAGCUAAAGUCUCAACCUUGCAACUCCAGCAGAUCGCGAUGGGCCUAGAAGCAUCUGAGCAAGAUUUUAUAUGGGUUGUGAUGAGUAAAAACAAUGUGGAUGGUGAGAAUGAGAAAAAUGAGUGGUUAUCUCAUGAAUUUGAAAAGAGGAUGGAAGGAAAAGGGCUAGUUAUUAGGGGAUGGGCACCGCAAGUGCUAAUUUUGGAUCAUGAAGCGAUAGGAGCAUUUGUGACUCAUUGUGGGUGGAAUUCAAUCUUAGAAGGCAUAUCAUGCGGGGUUCCUAUGGUAACUUGGCCAGUAUUCGCCGAACAAUUUAUGAAUGAAAAAUUGGUGACAGAGAUACUGAAGACCGGGGUUGGUGUGGGAGUUAAUCAAUGGAACAUAAUGGUGGAGGGGAAUGUGAAAUGGGAAGAUAUAAAGGAAGCUAUAAGAAAAGUUAUGGUGGGUGAAGAGGCUUUGGAGAUGAGAAAUAGGGCAAUGAAGUUGAAAGAAUUGGCAACAACGGCUGUUGAAGUUGGUGGGUCAUCAUAUAAUAUCUUGCAAUCCUUGUUACAUGAAUUGCGCUCUUACAAUGCCUAAAUAUAUUUGCACUUAAUAAAAAUUACACUAGUAGAAAAAAUCAAAAAGGCACCUCUUAAUUGCUACCGAUUCAGUCCAAACCGGUGGCAAAAAUAGGCUAAAAAAUUGACAAAAAAGAGUUUACAAUAUAUACAUCUUUGCUUCCGUUACGCAGUCACAAUCCUAAUUAACAAUUUCCCUUGUUAGAUUGGGACGAUUCAAAGAUGUCCAAAUGUUGAACUCUAGCUAUCUUUAAUAUGUUUCUGUAAGAUGUUUGUGUGUUGGAUAUUUUAGCGUAUUUAUCGCUAAUUUAAAAUUUGGUGCUCUGCCUACGUUGUACUCCGUCCUUUAUUUUAUUGGUUUCUAAUGCAUCAAAG